UAAGACUGUUAGUUAAGGGUUAAUUAAAAUAUUAACUGAUGUAUUUAUCUUGUAAGAAAUGCAUUCUUUUCUUGAAAAGCUACUUGUCUGUGUGUAUAAAGUACCUGAGUAACGAUGCAACUCAUCAAAAAAGAGAAAAGGAAAAUAAAUAAAAUAACAGAGAGAAAUAUUCGAAUGCCAUGAAGUUUGUUGUCCUUUUGAUCUUUGUUGGAGUUGUGUGUGCCAAUGUUUGCGCAAGGCAGUCCGAAGAAGUGUCUAAAGAGACAAAGUUAGGCAUUUCUAUUCCCAAAACUGUCACUACGAACGGCAUUGGAGCUGAGCUUAGCAGAGUUUAUGCCGUAACUGGUGCCAAUAAUUAUGAAAAUUCCAAUGCUCGUGCUGCUGCAGGUCCCGACGGUCCCAGCUCAGAUACAUCUGCAACUGUCUCUAAAAGUACUUAUGGAUCUGUCGAUGCAGAAGGUCUUACCACAGUAAGUGCAAGUUCUAACAGUUACGCUUAUGGUGGCACCACUACGGGUGCUGCAGCGGAUUCUGAUGGUUCUGGGAGCAGUGGCACCGCUUACGGUGAUGCAUCCAGCCGUACCUAUGGAACCACCAACCCUUGAGCGAUUUGGUGAUCAUGCUCAAGUCUCCGCGUAUAUUAAAAACAAAUACUCUACAAACCCAACACAAUCUCUUUUGUAUUCAUAAAUAAAACUAGAGAUUGUCGCCUUUAUAAAUUAUGAUAUAAUGUACAUGAUCUUUAUGUGUAACGUGUAAAUUUUUUUUUGGGGUCAACUUGUAACGUGUAAUAUAAAUACAGUAAUUACGACCUAAUUAAUCUAAGCGAAUAAUACAUAUACAUACAUAUGUGUUUUCCUAAGGUAUAUAUCUAAGACUAAGCUGACAAAACUCUUCUUACAUUCAGUC